AUCAUCUAAAGUCCAGCUACACAAAGCAUAUUUCAUUGUUUUCUAGAAUAUUAUAUUACUGGAUACCCCUCAGUCGAAACCGUUUUGUCUACUCAUCCGAUUUUUUUUGUGGGAAAUUUUCCGCCGGGUCGACAUGUUACGCGAAGCUUUGAGGGCAGGCAGCAGGCGAUGGUACAGCUACAAGUCGGUGCGUCGCCCUAACCUAGGAGCCAGCAGUGCCCCAAAGGCUGAGCCGGUGAAGGAACAGCCGGGAGCUACAUCUACAGAGGGAAAUGACAAUGGCAGUCUGGCCAAGCAGCUGCGGGCCAAGAUUCUGGCCACUGGUCCAAUAACAGUGGCGGAAUAUAUGCGCGAGGUGCUGACAAAUCCCCAGGCCGGCUACUACAUGAACCGGGAUGUGUUCGGACGCGAGGGCGACUUUAUAACUUCUCCGGAAAUAUCGCAGAUCUUCGGGGAGCUUGUGGGAGUCUGGCUGGUGAGCGAGUGGCGUAAAAUGGGCAGCCCAUCGCCCUUCCAACUGGUGGAACUCGGACCCGGUCGCGGGACCUUGGCCAGAGAUGCGAUGAAGGUGGUAACCAAAUUUAAACUUGGGGCUGAGUUUUCCAUGCACAUGGUGGAGGUUAGCCCGUUCCUGAGCAAGGCCCAGGCCCAGCGGUUUUGCUAUACCCACGACACCUUGCCGGAGGACUCGCAACUACCUCACUAUCAAGUAGGGACCACUGCCACAGGAACCAAAGCCUACUGGCAUCGCCGACUAGAAGAUGUGCCGGGAUUCUCGCUGGUGCUGGCCCACGAGUUCUUCGAUGCCCUGCCUGUGCACAAGCUCCAGCUGGUCGAUGGAAAGUGGCAGGAGGUGCUUAUUGAUGUGGCUCCUGGGCCGGAUAAGGAGCUUAGUCAAGCAGACUUCCGCUACGUGCUUUCCCGCAGCCAAACGCCCGUAUCAAGCGUUUUCCAACCCAUGCCAGGGGAGACGCGCUCGUGCCUGGAGUACUCCCUGGAAACAGAACGCCAGGUCGGGCUCUUGGCGGAGCGUAUCGAAAAAAAUGGAGGCAUUGCUUUGAUCAUGGACUACGGACACUUUGGCGAGAAGACAGAUACCUUCCGGGCCUUUAAGCAACACGCUCUACACGAACCCCUGCUCGAUCCAGGCAGCGCUGAUCUCACGGCCGAUGUGGACUUUAAGCUGGUAAGGCACACCGCUGAGACCCGUGGGAGUCUCCACUGCUGCGGCCCCGUGGAGCAGGGUCUGUUCCUGCAGCGCAUGCAGGGUGAGGCCAGGUUGGAGCAACUACUGGCACACGCCCUGCCCGAAAACCAACAGAUUAUACGAUCCGGCUACGAAAUGCUCACAAAUCCGGCUCAAAUGGGCAGCCGCUUUAAGUUCCUGGCCAUGUUUCCCGGCGUUCUAGCUUCCCACCUGGAAAAAUAUCCGGUGGUCGGAUUCAGUUAGUAAUAAAAAGGACUCCAAUGUAAGGUUAUAAA